AUGGAGAUCACACCUGUGAAUCUUUUUCCAAUAGGCAUCAGAUUUUCACCAACUGAAGUAGAAUUGGUCGAUUACUAUUUAGCUAACAAAGUCAUGAACAAGCCUUUUCAAGAUCCCACUAACAGAUUCCAAGAACUUGAGCUUUACAACUACACUCCUAAGAAACUCCAAGAAAAGUAUGGAGUGCAAAAAGAGCAUGAAAUGUAUAUCUUUGUGAAAAGGAUGCUGAAGCAUCAAAAAGGAAAACGUCUUCAACGUAGAAUAACAGAUGGCAGUAAUGGAUUUUGGAAAGCUUCAACGGGAGAGGUAAAAAUAGAACUCGCCGGAGUUUUAGUUGGACAUAGGAGGACCUUAGUCUACUACAAAAGUGAAGGACAAAAAACCAACUGGCUCAUGUACGAAUACAGAUUACCUGAUCAUUAUUUUGUGCAGUUGGAUGAUUGGCUCCUUUGCAAGGUGUAUCUAAACGAAAAGGAGGAAACCAAGUCUAAGACUCGACUUAACUCAGCGUUGGAGUCUACAGUUAUAAUCAACACUAACAUAGACAUUCAACAAGCAAAAUAUUCCUCAGCUUCUCAUGCGAACUCCAACAGUGACAUCCAACAGCAGUUUCAAGAAGCGAUUUUCACCGAGGCCCCUUGGACCAUGGAUGACCUAUUUCAGAUCGCAGAAUAUUCUAGUCAUUUAUAG